AUGACAGAACUCCAGAAAAUUACCAAUUUCUCUGCUCAUCCUUUUCCUCUUGGCAAAUCCAACCUCCUUUCACGCUAUGCUCGAAAUGAAUUCAACCCACAUUCCAAAGCCACCAUAGGAGUUGAGUUUCAGACCCAAAGCAUGGAAAUCGAUGGUAAGGAAGUUAAAGCUCAGAUUUGGGAUACCGCUGGUCAAGAAAGGUUUCGUGCUGUCACUUCUGCUUAUUACAGAGGCGCUGUUGGUGCUCUUAUUGUUUAUGAUAUUAGCAGAAGAACUACCUUUGAUAGUGUCGGUCGUUGGCUUGAUGAACUCAAGACUCAUUCCGAUACGACAGUAGCAAGGAUGCUGGUUGGCAACAAAUGCGACUUGGAAACUAUCAGGGAUGUGAGUGUUGAAGAAGGCAAAAGCCUCGCUGAAGCAGAAGGGUUGUUCUUCAUGGAGACAUCUGCUUUAGAUUCAACAAAUGUCAAGAAGGCAUUCGAGAUCGUUAUACAAGAGAUUUACUACAAUGUCAGCAGGAAGGUCUUGAACUCAGACACUUACAAAGCCGAAUUAACUGUCAAUCGGGUAACCCUUACUAAAAGUGAAACCGAUGAAUCGAAGCAAACCCAAACUUUUUCUUGCUGUUCCAGGUGAUCUCGUUCGUUCAGAAAGUGUACCAGUUGAGGCCUUCCCAUGGUUUGUCAAAUUCAAUUUGUUUGGUUGAAAUGUUUGUUUUCUUGUUUUC